AUGGUUAAGAGGAAUAAACGUAAAUCAAAGGUACUUGGGCCGUGUACAGAAGAAACUACAGUUAAAAGCCCAGAAGAUAACUGUAUUACAACUCAUGAAUGCAAGAAAAAUUCACUUGUACUUUUUUCGCGUCUUAUUGAUGUUGAAGUUGCUGUCAAGCAGUCCCUAGAGAGAUAUGAACCUAUCCUUAUUGCAGGUCCUGUUGGCUGUGGGAAAUCAUCACUAGCAAAUAAACUUGCUAAAGAAUAUUGCAAUGUAAUUUGUACUAUUCAAAUUAGUGAGCAUACAGAUGCAAAGACUCUUCUAGGAGCUUACUGUUGUACUGAAAUACCUGGACAGUUUACAUGGCGUCCAGGUCCUCUGAUUUCAUCAAUAGAACAAGGUCAUGCAUUAGUCCUGGAAGAUAUUGAUCGUGGUUCUCCUGAAUUGCAGCUAUUAAUCACUUCUGUGUUGAGGAAGCUAAGAAGUUAUUCAGUCAAUUCAAAAAACAUACUAUUAAAUCCUGUUUCUGGUAAUCCAAUCACUCAUCAUCCCAAUUUUCGCUUGUUAAUGACAAGACGUUUUAUUUCAUGUCAUGGUGAAGAUUUUCGCCAAGAAUCUGGAAACAUAUUGGCUGAGUUUUUGGACCGUUACUGUUUUGUGAUCACGCUGCCAAAUUUUUCGAAAGAUGAAACAAACCUACUUAUUAGUCAUCAGUAUCCAACACUUGUUCCUUUCAUUGAUCGCAUAAUGAAUAUUUAUUCAUAUGUCAUCAACUCCUUCCGAAAUGCUAAUACUGUUAUACAAAGUACUAUGAAUUCUUCUAGACUACGAGGAAUAUCAGUUAGAGAUUUAUUAAAAUUUUGUUCACGUAUAUCGACGUUAACUGAAAAGGAGAAUUUUUCCGAAUUGUUGCUACUAAAUGCUGUCGAUUGUUUCUUAUCCUCAAUGUGCGAUUCUAUAAAACAACUUGAAAUAGCUUGUCGACUAGCUGGUGAAUUGAAUUUAUCUGUUGAAAAUGCAAGAAAUAUUUUGUGCUGUAGAUCAGUCGAAAUCAGUUUACAGCCUCAAAAAAGUGUUUUAAAGGUUGGUCGCACUAUUCUUCCAUGUCGGAGAACUCCUGAAUGGGAAAUCAAAGUGUCUGGUGGAAAUUCUAUACUUCAAAGCUCCAACGAUAUCAUUUGGCCAUUUGCUUCUACUCGUUUAUCAUCUUUCUUAUUGGAACGAUUAGCUGUUGCUGUACAGCAUAAAGAACCUGUCCUACUUGUCGGUGAAACAGGAACUGGUAAAACAUCUACAGUCCAACGACUUGCAUAUCUCACAGGUCAUCGUUUAAGAGUAAUCAAUUUAAAUCAACAAUCAGAUAGUGUUGAUCUAAUGGGAGGAUUUAAACCUGUAGACUUUCAAGUUUUCGUACGACCAUUACGGGAAAAAUUUGAAUCACUUUUCACGUGUACAUUUAAAUUAGAUAAUAAUCUAGUUUUUCUUGGUCAUAUAAAUACUUGUUUUCAAUCUGGACGUUGGCUUGAUUUAAUCACUUUAAUGCGCCAUCCAGCUCGUGUGGCUGUUCAACGUGAUUCAUCAGUUGAUACUUCAGAAUGGAUUAAAUUUUUAAAUGAUCUGACUAUCCUAGAGAAACGUUUAGAAAAUAUUACAAAAUCAAAUAAACCUGGAUUAGGAUUUGCUUUUAUUGAAGGUGCUCUAGUUCGUUCAGUGCAAGAUGGUGAUUGGAUACUGUUGGAUGAAAUUAAUUUAGCUCCAGCUGAAAUGCUUGAUUCACUAAGUGGUCUAUUGGAUUCCGAAUACGGUAGUCUUAUCUUGACAGAGCGUGGCGAUAAUGAAUCAAUAAAACGUCAUCCGGACUUUCAUUUAUUUGCUGCUAUGAAUCCAGCUACAGAUGUCGGUAAACGUGAAUUACCUGUUGGACUUCGUAAUCGUUUCACUGAAUUUUACAUUCCUGAAUUAGAUCCUUGUAUUAAUGUUAAUAAGUCAGAAGCAUCGACGGAUUCUGAUUCUAGUCGUCAUAUUGAAGUUCUACGCUCAAAUAAUUGUGAGGAUUUAGUCACCUUAGCUCGUUCCUAUUUAGUUGCAUUGAAUCCAACUCCAUCGCAAUUAUCAACUAUUGUACGACUUUAUUCAGCUUUGAGACAAGCUGCUGUUGAGGGUUUGGUUGAUGGUGUAGGUCAAAGACCACAUUUCAGUCUUCGAACAUUAUGUCGAGCCUUAAUUGAAGCUGGUCGUGGCUAUCAUGGAAGUAUCUUACGUUCCUUGUAUGAAGGUUUACUUUUUAGUUUUGGUUCACAAAUUUGUCGAACAUCACGACCAAUUUUAGAUACUUUAAUUCAACGUUAUUUAUGCUCUGGUUGGAAUAAAGAUUCAUCAUCAUUAUUACGCUUAUUAAAUACUCCAUUACCUAUACCUCAAUUAAAUAAUCCAACUGUAACUAAUCAAUAUUCCAAUGAUUAUUUUGUCAAUGUUGAAGGAUAUUGGUUACCAAAAGGUUCACAACAACCAAUUUCAAUAGAUAAUAAAAAUGAAUUACCUGGAAAUUAUAUUUUAACACCAAGUGUUCAAGCAAAUUUAAAAGAUUUGGCACGUGUUGUCGCUGCAGGUGGAGGUCUUCCAGUUCUAUUACAAGGUGAAACAUCUGUUGGCAAAACGUCACUUAUUACAUAUUUAGCUAAACGUGUUGGUCAAGUGUGUUAUCGAAUUAAUAAUCAUGAACAUACUGAUCAACAAACUUAUUUAGGCACAUAUACAGUUUCAUCAAUUGCAUAUACAACACAAAGUAAUACUGAUAAUCAUAAUAAUCAAGGCAAUAAUAAUGAAGCUUUGCAGAAAACAUCCACAUCAUUAGUUUUCAAAGAUGGUUUAUUAGUGAAAGCUAUGCGUAAUGGUUAUUGGAUAAUUUUGGAUGAAUUAAAUUUAGCACCAACUGAAAUUUUAGAAGCUUUAAAUAGAGUUUUAGAUGACAAUCGUUCUGUAUUCAUCACUGAAACACAGGAAACAAUUAAAGCACAUCCACAUUUUCGAUUAUUUGCUACACAGAAUCCACCAGGUCUUUAUGCUGGUCGAAAGAUGCUUUCACGUGCCUUACGUAAUCGUUUCAUUGAAUUACAUUUUGAUACAAUACCUCGAAAUGAAUUAGAAAUAAUUUUAGAGAAGAAAUGUUUACUACCUUCAAGUAGAGCACAACGUCUUGUUGAAGUAAUGCAUCGUCUUCAGCUUGCUAGAUGUACUUCAAAUUUAUUUCAAGGCAAAGAUAGUUUCAUUACAUUACGUGAUUUAUUUCGAUGGGCUGAACGUUACCGAUUAGCUACAUGUGAUAAAUUGGUAACUAGUCAAAUUGAUAAUAAAAAAAGUGAACAAACGAUAUUUUUUGACUGGGAUGGAUAUUUAGCUGAUCAAGGCUAUUUAUUACUUGCUGGACGUGUACGUAAUCCAAGUGAAAUACAAAUUGUUACAGAUGUGAUUGAAAGUGUUUUCAAACGAAAAGUCACUGAAUCACGAUUAUUCGACUUGAAUGAGAGUACGUCACCAGUUGUAUAUGAAUUUUUACAACCUGUUCUAAACAAAGAAACAGUUUGUUAUACUGGAUUUGAUCAUAUUGUCUGGACAAAAGAUAUGAGACGUUUAUUAGUUCUAGUUGGUAAUGCAUUAAAAUAUGAAGAACCAGUUUUAUUGGUUGGUGAAACAGGUUGUGGUAAAACUACUAUUUGUCAAUUGAUUGCUGCAUUGCAUAAUCAACGUUUACAUUGUCUUAAUUGUCAUCAAUGCACUGAAGCAUCUGAUUUUCUUGGUGAAUUACGACCAGUUCGACAUUCAUCAGAAGUGAAUGAAAAAGAAUCCAAAAAUGAUUGCCGUUUAUUUGAAUGGAUUAAUGGUCCAUUAGUAACAGCUAUGUUAAAUGGAGAUUUAUUUCUAUUAGAUGAAAUUUCAUUAGCUGAUGAUGCUGUUUUAGAACGUUUGAAUAGUUUAUUGGAACCUGAAAGACAAUUACAUUUAGCUGAAUGUUCUGAAGAUUCUCUUAUGGUUAAUAAUAAUGAUAAUUCAAUAACAACACCAUAUACACAAUUAUUAACAGCCCAUCCUAAAUUUCGUUUUAUUGCAACAAUGAAUCCUGGUGGAGAUUAUGGUAAAAAAGAAUUAUCACCAGCAUUACGUAAUCGUUUCACUGAAAUUUGGUGUCCAUCACCAGUAUUUACUUCGAAUCAUAUCCAAUUGACCAUCUCAUCAUUAUCUUAUAAUGAAUCUAAUCAAUUAUCAAAUUCAUUAAUGGAUUGUCAACAUAUUGUUAUGCAUAAUUUACAAUUGAAACUACCAAUGUAUUUUAAAAUUGGUAAUGAUGAUUUUGUUAAACAAUUCUCUGAGAAAAUGAUUAAUUUUAUUCAUUGGUAUGCUGUUACACAAAAUGAAUAUAAAUCAAAUGGUACCGGGUCAUUAUGUCAAAGACCAUCGCCGACUAUUCGUGAUUUAAUUGUUUGGAUUGAUUUCAUUCAAGCCGCUGUUACAACAGAAAAUGUGAUAAAUCCCUCUAAUAGAUUAAAUUUAUUCAGUGCUUGUAUCCAUGGUGCAUGUUUGGUAUUUUUAGAUGUAAUUGACCAUGUUUUGCCUAACAGAAAUGUUAAUGAACAAAUAGACGAUAAUAAUUUCCAAUCGACAGCGGUACAUUUCUUAAUUGAUCAAUUAUAUUCAUUGGAUAAAGAUAUUUUGAUUAAACAAAUUCAAUUAUCAAUUCCAAACUCUAGUGAUGAGAUGUAUACUAGUUAUGCCAAUGAACUAAAUGAGAAAUUUGUAGUAACAAAAAACAAUGAAUUAUUUGGUUGCGAACCAUUUUUCAUAUCGACAGGUCCAUUUAUAGAUUCCUUAACAAAUACCAACUUUAUUUUUGAUGCUCCCACGCCUGCAUCCAAUCUAAAGCGUUUACUUAGAGCUAUGCAAUUACCUUCUAGAGCUCUCCUUCUAGAAGGUAGUCCAGGUGUUGGUAAAACUACUCUUGUCUUAGCCUUAGCUAAAGCAUCUGGUCAUAAAGUGAUACGUAUAAAUUUAUCCGAAGCAACUGAAGUUAGUGACUUAUUCGGAUGUGAUUUACCAGUGGAAGGUGCUGAAGCUGGUGUUUUUGCAUGGAAAUCUGGUCCAUUUCUACAAGGUCUAUGUGAAGGUCACUGGAUUAUAUUAGAUGAAAUGAAUUUAGCAUCUCAAUCUGUAUUAGAAUCUUUGAAUGCAUGUUUAGAUCAUCGUGGUGAAGUUUUUGUACCUGAAUUAAAUAAUACAUUCAAAAUUAAUUCAUAUGCAACACGUUUAUUCGCAUGUCAAAAUCCAUUACGUGAAGGUGGUGGUCGUAAAGGGUUGCCACGUUCGUUUUUAAAUCGUUUCACUCAAGUCUAUAUGAAGCCAUUGAGUAAAUCAGAUCAAGAAUUUAUUCUGAUUCAAUUAUAUCCUGAUAUACCUAAGAACUAUAUUCAUUUAAUGGUGACCUUUAAUGAUACGGUAAAUGUACAAAUCAAUAUUAAACAUGAAUUUGGUAAUCAAGGUGGACCAUGGGAGUUUAAUUUACGUGAUUUAACUCGUUGGUGUGAUCUAAUCAUUAAAGGAAAAGAUUUUGAAGGUUUCAAUCCUGGUUUAUAUGUUCAUCUAUUGUAUACAAAUCGUAUGCGGACUGUCCAAGAUAAACAAAAGAUGGUUGAUUUAUGGACUGUUGUAUGUAAUACAAUAUUGACUAUGCCUGAAAUGUUCUAUUAUGAACCACAUGGUGAUAUUCGCCUUUUUAAUGAAUCAUCUUUGCAAUGUGGAUUGGCUCAUUUCACAUGUUAUUCUAUAAAUUAUUCAAUCUGUAAUGAAUUUGAAUAUUUGAUUAUAAUGGAUCAUCAUCGAAGUAUCCUGGAGAGUUUUUUAAAAGUUAUAGAAAUGGGUUGGAUGGUGAUGCUGAAUGGUCCCCCUGGAUGUGGCAAACGUACUUUAGCUCAUAUAUCAUCAAUUCUUCUUGGUCAAACUCUGGUAACUAUGUGUUUAUCACCGACAUCGGAUACAAUUGAAUUACUUGGUUCAUUAGAACAACGUGAAUCAGGAGGUUUAUUUGAAUGGAUCGAUAGUCCAUUAGUCAAAGGCAUUAUUAAUGGUUAUUGGGUACUAAUUGAAAAUGCACAAUUAUGCAGUCCUUCAGUAUUAGAUCGUCUAAAUAGUCUUCUUGAACCAAAUGGUGAACUAUUACUUAGUGAACGUGGUUUAGAUGCAAAUGGUAAACUUAUUACACUGAAAGCACAUCCUAAUUUCCGUUUAAUUUUAACUGUGGAUGAAUUUGUUGGAGUUGGGGCCAAUUGUUCAACUGGAAUAUCUCGUGCAAUGCGUAAUCGAGGUUUAGAAAUCACUUUCACUGAACCAAUUAUGCAACCACAUGUAGACUUACUACGUUUAUUCACCGCAAUCAAUGUCCCUAAACCGAUUGCUAUAGGUUUAGUUGAAUUUCAAGGAUUAUUCCUUGAAGUCUGUGAAAAUCAAACAUCUUUUCUUGAAUUUUAUUCAAAUUGUUUCAAUGGAAAAGCACAAAUAUUAGAUAAUAAUACCACCACACAUCAAUCUAUCAAUUGCCAUCAUUUGAAAAGAAUUCCAAUUGGUGCAUUAAUCUCAGCUGGUCAUUAUGCUAAACAACUUUUAAGCGGAUCUUCAAAUGAUCAGUUGGUUUCAAUAUUGCCAAUGGAUAAUAAAGAACUUGACGGGACAAAGAUAGAAACGAAAAAGAGAAAAAUGCAAAAAGUGCUGACAAAGAAACAUGAUGAUAUAAACAAACUGAACAAUAUUGAUGAUGAACUUACGAAAGACGGAAUAAAUACAGAUGAAAUAUUGAUACAUAUUUUGAAUUAUGCUUAUUGUCAUCGUCAAAUGAAUACAAAGAGUAUUGAGUUUGUUAAAUAUUUAAUUAAUUACUAUGUCAAACAUAUUAGGCAUACAGAUUCAUUCCAUACUGAACUACAUUCAAUGUAUCAUCUACCUGUUAAUUAUUUACAUCAUACUGUAAAUGAAAUCAUUCAAAAUCGUCUACCUUUAAUAUAUCGUCAAUCAUACACUAAUUUAAUUCAGAUAACAUUAAAAGAGUAUUAUGAUAAACCAUUGAAUAUUGAUAUAAAAUUAAUGAUUCAACGUAUUCUACUAGAACAAGCUAAUUUCACUGAUAUACAGUCAGAACUCUUUGAUUUGAAAGCACUUCAGUUCAGUGAAUCCAAUAUGUCAAUGAUAAAGUUAUCUGAAUGGUCAGAUUGGCCUGAUCUACGUUGGAUACCUGGAUGGAAACAUUUGAUUUAUUCAUUGGAAAAUGAAUCAGAUGAUUUAAUUUAUGAAUGGAAUAAAAAACUUUAUCUUUUAUUAAUCAAUGAAUUAAUCCAAUCAACUCAUCAUUGUAUUCAUCAACAAUUCAAUGAUAAUCAAUCUUAUUCAUUGCUACAAUCUUCUGAUCUUCACCGAAUUCCUGUACUUGUAAUCAUUCAAUUAUCUAUGGAUAAUCAUAUUCCAUCUAUUUGGUUAGAUAAUUAUCCAGGUUUAUCUAAUCUAAAAGAACAAUGGUUUACCUUUUUAAGCAAUUUAUCCAACCAUUUCCUUAACUAUAAACAUGAGUUAACCAAAUCCAAUGAUCUCUUAUCAAAUCUAUAUAUGAAAUGGAUUAGUAAAGCAUGGAUAUGGUUACGUUUAUUUGGUUCAAGACCAUUAGGUGAUUCAUUUGAUUGGCCUGAACGUUUAUUAUUUCAUAAUCAACAUAUUCUAUUUAAUAACCCACUAGAGAAUCAUCAAUAUUUAUCCAAUUUAACCAUCAUUUCACAAUAUUUUCAAUCAAAAUUAGCACCAUUAAAUGUGCCUAAAUGUCAAUUACAAUUAAAUCCAUUAUCAGUAGAUUGGUUACAAUUUGGACAAUUAAUGAAUGAAUUUUUGAUUAGACUUAAAAUUGAAUUGAACAUGACUGGAAGUAAUAAUAAUGAUAGUGAUGACGAUGAUGAGGGGGAGGAGAAUGAGGAAGAGAUUAGUAUCCAUGGUGAUGGUGGUGAUACUGAUGUUGCUAUGGUUCAUCACAAUGAGGAUAUUAAUGAUGAUGAUAAUCCAAAUGAUAUUAUGAAUUUUUAUUGUUUAUGGCCUUGGACAAUGAUUUUAUUAUCAAAAUUUGUGGAUAUAAAAUUGUUAGGUAACACAUUACAACAACAAUAUGAUGUUCAAAAUGAUCAAUGGGAUUUAACAGAAUCUUUACGAAUUUAUUUUCGUUCUAAUUUAUUAACCCUUAAUCGUCCACAAUUAUUAGCUUAUUUAUCCAUGACAACAAAAUGUUUAUAUAAAAUCAAUAAUUGUGAACAAAUGCGGGUUAUGAAACAGUUGCUACAGGAAUUAAAUAUUACUAUAAUGAAUAAUAGUAAUUCAUCUAUUUUCUUAACAUUUGCUCUAAAGAAGUUAGAUUGGAGUCUUCCAAAUCAAUUAUUAAAUGUUCACUGUGUAAAUCAACCUGAUAUAUUAGGUGAAUGGCGUUCUAUAAGUCAUGCACUUAUUCAUAUAACAUGGCCAAUGUUAUGUGAAUAUGGAACUUGUUCUUUUACUGGGAAGCUAACAGUUUAUGGUUGGCGUUAUCGUCAACAAGCUAUACAGAAAGCAAAUCAUUUGUUGUAUUUAUCUCCAAAACAAGAAACAACCAAUAUGUCAAAGAAUGAAUAUUUACAAUGUAAUAAUCUGGAAAUGAUUAUGCAACAUGCCUUCAAUAUUCUUUCUGGAAUAUAUCAAGUUGUUCAUUCAAUACAGAAGGUUAUCAAUUCACAAAAUAAUGAUACGAAUGAGGAGGAUACACUCAGUCCCAUCAUUCGUAUUAAUAACCUCAUUGAAUUGAUCAACUGGAUUCGUAAUGUUUUCAAUCCAUCAAUCAAUCUUUUGAAAUCAUAUAUAUCUAAUGAUAAAUCGAACGAUUGGCAUCGUAUUAUACGUUUGAUUGAAUUAUUAAUCCGGUAUCUGGAACAACUCUCUUCAUCUUUAUCUAAUCAAAAAAGCAAUAAUAACGAUGUUCAUCAUUAUGAUAAUGAUGAUGGUGAUGAUAUCCUGAAUUAUAAAUUUAUUUUAUCUAAUUGUUGGCUCCUUAUCGGUUUCUUAUAUCUACGUUGUAAUUGUCCAUAUAGUCCAUUAGAUCCUUAUAUAGUUGUACAGGUUGAAGAGGAAGCAGUUAAACAUGAAAUAAACUAUAUUAGAAAUGAAUUACAAUUUCGUGAAAACAUGCAAAAGCUUGCUACUGGUGCAUAUAAUAAUUCUCUAUUACCAUCUUUAAUAAACGCUAAUCCAUUGAAUAUUAAUGGACAUGUUGAUUGUGGUUUGCUACAUCCAUGGUUAAGUGUACUUGUUAAUCGAUUGCAUUAUCUUAAACAAAAAGCUGAAACAUUAAAACAACAAUUAGGAUUUAAUUGUGAAAAUGUUUUAGUUACACGGCAAAAUUCAAAUUUCGAAUAUGUAGAAAUUCGUCGACGUAUUACCUCAUAUAUAACUGAUUUCACUGAGGAGUUUCUUCUUGUUCAUUGUUUACUCGAUACAAAUAAUAAUAAGAAUAAUACUAAAAUAACUGGAAAAACCGUAGAACUGCAAAAACUUCGUUGUUGGAUUGAAACUACAUCAAUGCUUGGAGAUUGGUUAACAGAACCUAAUCGUAUAAAUACAUUUGCUGAUAUUAUAACACCAUUUUUGUAUGGACUAUUUUAUAUCUAUCGAGGACUUCGUGUUAUGUUCCAUGAGACUAUUGCACAGAAUAAUUCUUUGAAUGUUACUGUGUCUUCUAUGAUUACAAAUUUAGUGACUAGUCUUUUGCCUAAUACACAAAAUGAUAAUAUUAUUCUACCAGUUAUUACCGGUGGUCAACGAUUAUCUCGAUCAUUAUCACUUGCAUUGGAGUUAGCUAAUUCUAAAUCAAGACGAUUAAUUCAACAGUUAUUUAAUUCUAUUAAUAAUCCGACUUCAUUCACUGGUAAUGUGGUUGAUGUUUCGCAUAGAAUUCAUGAGAUCCAGUUUCGAAUAAGUUCAUUCAUAUUGAAUUUACUAUGGUUACAUAAUGCUGAAAAACAUUCAUCUUCAAAUGUAACUGAUAUUGAUAAUAAAUUAAUUGGUCGUAUUCUAAACUCAAUCAUAUUACCAUUAAAUCAACAUUGGAAACAAAUUGAAUUAGAACGUAAACAAUUAGCUGAAUCACGUGCUAGUCUAUUCUUAGAAGCUGAUCGUCGUAAACAGCUAAUUCGUAAUGAUUUACAAGGUAUUAAAUCAAAGAAAAUGAAACAUCAUGAACGAUCUACAUCACCUGAUUUAAUAGAUCAAUCAUUAAAUGAAGAAGUGGAUUGGCGUCUUCGUUUCUCUGAAAUUGGUUGUAUAAAUGCUUAUACAGAAUUAGGUAUUCAUCAUAAUUCACAAGUUGGGAAUUUUGAAAAAGAGAAAGAAAUUCAGCAGACUGUUGCUAAAUUAGAAGCGAUCGAUAAAUGGUUGAAGAAUUCAUUGAAUGGUUCCGGAAAAUAUUGGAUUCCAGAAGAAAAAGAAUUAAUCUAUUUUAUAAAACGUCUUGUUUAUUUAUUAUUAAUAAAUUCAAAUUCUACAGUAAAUUAUCCAUUGAAUUCAUUAUUACUAAUUGAUAAACAUAGUACUACUCAAUCAGUAGAUAUCAGUAGUAUAUUUUCUUGGCAUUGGCAUACAGUUCUAUAUGGUUUUAAUUUAGCUAGUUGGUUAUCGAUUGAAUCGAAAUUCAGUUUAGAUCCCACUAUCGAUGAACAGACUACUUUGCCCUAUAUCGGUAUUACUGCUUAUAUUGGUCAAUAUGAUAUACGAGCCAAUCCUAUUUUACCGAUUCAUAGUUUGUCCAAAUUUUCAAAUACAUCUUUCAAUCAUUAUUUUAAUGCUAAAUCACAUUGUUACAAUAUUUACCUUGAUCCUAUUCCAUUAGAAGAAGCUGAGAAAUUAAAUUUAUUAAUGAGAAAUUUGGAAAAACAAAUAAAACAUAUACUUACUCAAUGGCCUGGUCAACCGAGUUUAUUACGUCUGUUAGUUAUCAUUCAUCGUAUUGAAUCCUUCACUGUAUCAGAUCCAUUAAUAAAAUUUAUUACUGGAGUUGAAAUGCUUUGGCAAGUGAUGCAGGAAUGGGAACGUGAUGCAGCUAAGCAUGUUUCUCUUAAUGAAUCAAGCAAAGAAGUUUGUAAUUUGUUGGUUAGUUGGCGUAAAAUGGAAUUAAGUUAUUGGUUGGCUACAUUAGAUUCGGCUGAAAUUCAAAUCAGUAAUCGUUGUGUAACAUUAUGGUUUCAUCUAUAUGAUCUAUUUCUACGUCCUGGUAGUUAUAGUCGUCAAUUAAAAUCUUUUAAUUCAAAAUAUCAAUCUAAAGUGAGUAAUUCAUCUUGUCUGAAAGAUACCGCUGGUGUGGAUGGUGAUGAUAAUGAUGAGAGAAAACGACUACAAUUGGAAACUGAUCGUUUUGAUGCUUUAAUUGAAUUAUUCGAGAAAGGACCAAUCGGUGAAUUUUCAUCUCGAUGGAAAUUAGUUGCAUCAAUUUAUUCAGCCUUAAAUUUAUGGCCUGGUUUAAGUGAAAUAGAGCGUUCAUCAUCCAAACGUAUUGUCGGUAAUGCAGUUUGGUUUUAUGCACAAUUUCUACCAUGUGUAACGGAAGAAUUGAAUAAUUUACGACAUCCAAUUGAAAAAGAAUUAAAGGGUCUUGUGAAUGUUACAAAAUGGGGUCAUUACUCACGUUUCUGGUCAGUUAAAACAACUGUAGAUCGUUGUAAAAAGUCAAUUCAUAAACAUGUAAAAAAAUGGGAAUCAAUACUACAACAACCGGUACGCCCAAUAUUUGAAAAUGCCAUCAAAAUACCAACUUAUCUAAAAUCAAAUAAUGGUAAUAAUAAUAAUAAUAAUAAUCAUAUAUAUUCCAGUUCAUUACUAAAACUGGAAAUGACUGACUUAUUAGCAAUACUAAAACAUUGUUCAUUUAAGAAGUCAUUUAACAAUCUACAACAAUUAUAUGGUCAUUUCAAUGAGCAAGAAGACCAACAACAAUCAAAGUUCAAUUUCACAUUGCAUUUAAAACGUUUACCAUCAAUUAUCAAAUGCCUUCAUAAACAUGUGUACACAAUGGUACAUAACUCACCGAUAAUUCAAUGGACAAAACAUCUUCGUUCUGGUUUACAAAUAUGGAUAGAUUUUGUCCAUGAACUCAGUAGACAAACUGAUCAAUUAAAUUCCACUUGUCCUACUGGUAAUCAAUUAGCAAAAUUUAAUAAACAUAAAUUAAAUAAAACAAAGUGUAAAUCAAUAUCAAGCAAAAGAAAUCAUCCAAGUAACGAUGAGGAACAAGAUGAAGAAGAUGAAGAAUUGAACAAAACUCGUCAAUGGUAUCAAGAAUUUACAGCCUUACAACAACGUAAACGACUAGCAUUAUCGGAUUGGCUAAAAGUUGCAACUCUUAAACAUUCAUCUUCUGCCAGUAAUCAAUCAGUUGAUAUUUCUGAUCCAACAACAAAGUUAAGUGAAUCGAUUGAUUCUACUGAAUCGAUUAAUGAUGGGAAUGAAGAUGAAAUUCUUUCAGAUAAUGAUGAUGGUGAUGAUCAUUUAUUCGAAGAAUUAAAUCUACCCAAUCUUGGUUUAUCAUAUCGUAGAGGUCAACGACAAACACAAACUGGUCAUAUGAGUCGUUUUCUUGUUCAACUACAUGGUGAUCCAUGGAGUUAUGUUAAUCAGUUUAUUGGUCGAAAUCUUGAUGUUGUCAAUACUGAUUCUGAGGAUUACUUCAUACAUUGUGUUUGUAAUCGACUAUCACGAUUAAUCGCUUUACGUGCCAGUCUACCAACUGUUCCUGGACCAGGUGAUGGAGAUGUUGAUACAAGUGUUGCAAUUUUAAAUGAAAUCGGUGGACCGAAUAAUCUAUCUCGACUAAUUGGAAUAAUGAGUGAUUUAUUAAAUCAAUGUAGUUCAGAGUUCAAAGUUUGUUGUGAAUUCACUGGGAUUAGUAAGAAAAUAAGUCGACUAGUUAUGGAAUAUGCGAAUAGUUUAAAUGUAUCAAUGAUAACAUCCAACGAUAAACAACCGGUUGAUGAUGGUAAUGAACAAAUUAUCCAGUACUGUACAUGUUAUCCUUUGGAUUUGGAUAAGUUAAAACAGAUUCGUAUAUCAACUCAAAAUUUAGAUCAAAUUAUCCGUGAACAUAUUUAUCAAUGGAAUGUAUUUUGGAUUGUUUUUCAAAAACAAUCAAUCAAUGAACCAUUUAAUAUAUCCAAAUUAUCUUGUCUAUUCGGUUCAGAAGGUUGGACAUGGUUAACUAACAAUCCAGAAUUAUUAUCAACAUAUACACUAGAAAAUUCGAAACAAUUAGUUGAAAUCACUGAAUCUUAUAUGGAAUCCUUAAAAUUGGCUUUCAUUAAUGUAUUGAUAUGUACUACACACUUGCUUGGAUUGAAUACAUUUCUAUGGAAUGAUGCUGUGCAUGAAGCUUAUGAAAAACUAUCUUCAUCAAUGAGACAUUUACAAGAAACUUUAAAUUCUUUACUGAUUGCUUAUAAGACUUGUAAUCGUGUUGUAUUGUUCGCUUCUGUGUUCGAGUCUGUACAACAACAGAUUAAUGUUGAAUGGAAUAAAAUUCAUUGUGAAUUAAGCAUCAUAUCUAAUGAUGGGAUCCAUAACGAUAGUGAUUUAACAAACUUUCAUACUACUAAUCUUACUACUGAUAACAUUUUAAGUAGUAUAAAUAGCAUUGCAUAUAAAUCAGAUAUGAAAUUUGAACUAUUAACUAAUCGUUUAGUGCAUACCAUGCUUAAAGCUAUUGAAAUUCUGUAUGAUUCAGAUCAAAUCCAUGAUAAUACUGAUAAUAAAUCGGAUCAGUUAAGUUUAUUGCAUCAUUAUUCAACGAUGAUUUCAAAAGUAUUAACUUCAACAUUACCCCAAAUUAGCAAAUACUUGAUAAAUAUCCGUUCAAUGUUACAACAACGACAAUCUACAUUGUUAAAGAAUGAAUAUGAAAUGAUUUUCCAAUCAAGAAUAAUCAUCAUUCAAUGUAUAUACCCAUUAAUGGAUGGUUUAUCAAAAGCUUUAUGUAUACGUUGUAUACAGUUUUGGCAUUUAUUAGAUAUAUGGUUUAAACUUGGUGAAUUUGCAAUGCAAAUAACUGGACGUAUAAUUACGGAGGGAUUUUGUCGUCCAGCUAAUUUGGCUAGAGAUAACCAAUUAACAGGUGAUGAAAAUAGUAGCUCAUCAAGUUCUUCGAGAGCAGACAAUGAACAAUCGAUGGAUAGAGGUGGUGAAUCAGGCGGUACAAGUUUAACAUCGAAUACAAACGAUGCGGUAAAUGCAAAAGAUGUUACUAAUGAAUUGGAAUGUCAAGAACAAAUUGAAGGUUUGUUGAAUGAUCGUAAACAACAAGGAGACGAUAACGAUUUGAAUAAAAAUAGAAAUGACGAGCAUAACAGCACAAAUGGUGUUGAAAUGCCAGAUGAUGAUUUUGAUGGACAUUAUGAUGAUCCAGAUUUGGAAAAUUGUGAUCUUGACAAUGAUGAUUCAGAACAAUUGGAACAAGAAAAUUUCGAUGAUAAAAUGGAUGAAACAGAUGGGCAUAAUAAUGACGAUUUGGCUAAAGAAAUGUGGGCAUCGGAUGAUGAAGAAACUGAUAAGGAUGAUAAUAAUAAACCGAAACGUGAUUCUGAUGGAAAUAAAGAAAAUGAUAAAACCGGAGGUGUUGAAGAUGAUAAACAACGUAAUAACAGUAAUAAGAAAGAUCACGAUUCUGGUAAUAUUCAGGAACAAAAAAGUAAACAGAAUCCAGAAUCUACGGAAGAUGAUAAUGGUGACAAUGACGAAAAUCAUUCUGACAAACUUGAUGAACAUGAGAAUAAAUCACCGAAACGCAAGAAACCAAAGCAUGCACAUGAGACUCCCGGCAAUCGAACUACUGUGGCAAAUGAAGAUAUAAUGCAAGAUGAAAUGGAUAAUGAAUCCGAUCAACCUACUGAUAAUAAAUCGGAAUCAACUCAAGCAAAACCGAGUGAUGAUCAUGAAACCCCGGAUGUUGAUGAACGUGAUCAAGGUUUACCUGUAGAUAUUGAUGCUGAUCAAAUGAAUAAUGAAGAAGAUAUGACAGAAAGAGAUGUUGAGGAUUUGCCAGGUGAUUUAUUCGAUAAUCAAAUGGAUUUUGACGCUGACAAUGAUGGCGAAGAAAUCGAUGAUCCAUCAUCUGGUCAAUUAGAUGGAGAGAAAGAUAACGAAGAGGAAUCUGCAAUAAAUGAGAAUGAAAUCAAUGAAAAUAACAAAUUUGAAACUAUGGAUACUGAUGAACAAAACACAGAAAUUCCUGAAAAUGUUGAAGUAUUUCCUUAUCACGGAGCUGGUACAAGUGAUUUGGAUGAUAAUAAUAAUAAAUCUAAUGCUUUCGGAGGAGAUGAGCACAAUCCCCAAGAAGAUGACAAAACAGAAGCUAAUAAUGUUGAUCAUGAUGAUACUGAUGUUAAUUCUUCCAAUCAAACUUCUACACAACAUGGCAAUCAAGGAAAUGCUUCAGGUGAAAAAUAUACUACAUCCACUAGUCAGUCAGAUACUUCCGGAGCCAAUGCAGAACUGCAACAACAGUAUCAGCAAGGCGUUAAAAGAAAUCAAACACACUCUGGUCCAAAACCAACAUCAGACAAUCGAAGUUUAUCAAACAAACAAAUUGCUCUAUCUAAGGCUGAAACCAUAGAAGUAGACUUGGAACAUUCUUCAGAAAAGCAACAAUCACCGUUGCCUAAUCAAAACUCAGAACUAUUUCAACAUUUACCAAAUUCAGAAGACUUAAAUGCUGACAACGAUGAUGAUGAUUAUCCGUGUGUUCGUGAUUCUGCUACAUUAGAUCAAGCUGAACAGCAAUUAUUAGGCAACAGUAAUCCAAUAAAGAAAUCUAAUGAUAAUGAUCGAGAGGAGAAAGAUAUUGGAUUGGAAAAUGAUAAUGACAAUAACAUUGAUGACGACGGAAAAUUACCCAUAUCUGAAUUAGAGAAGACUGAUGCCUCCACAAAUGUAUUGCCUCAACAAAAUAAACAUGUAAAACCUUUAAUGAAAGGAAAUCAAGUACCCGGUGGUCAUGAAACAGUUGAAUCAGAUCCAACAAAAGAAUUUGUUCCAACUUUAGGCGCACAAAGACCACCUGAAUCAAUCAGUUGUACAAGAGCUGAAGUUUUACUUCAAUCAACUAAUGCAAAUCUAUCUACAGAGAUUCCAACAAAUCUACAAAUUUUAGAGAAUAAAUUUCCAGAAACAUCAAUUGAAAAUUGUCUUGAUUGGUCAUUGUAUUGUCAACGAUCGAAUACUUUAGCACGUCAAUUAUGUGAAACACUUCGUUUAGUUCUUGAACCAACUAAAGCAUCACGUUUACGUGGAGAUUAUCGAACGGGGAAACGUAUCAAUAUGCGAAAGAUCAUUCCAUAUUUAGCUAGUCAAUUUCGUAAAGAUAAAAUUUGGCUACGUCGUUCACAGCCUAGUCAACGUGAAUAUCGUAUUUUAAUUGCUGUAGACGAUUCAUCAUCAAUGUCUGAAAAUCUUUGUAAACAAAUGACUUUUGAAUCAUUGACAACAGUAAUCACUGCAUUAAAUCUUUUAGAAGUAGGUCGAAUAGGUGUUUGCAGUUUCGGUGAAUCAGUACGUGUACUUCAUGAUUUAAAAGAUCCAUGGGUAACAGAUGCUGGUCCACGUGUAUUAAGUCAAUUCACUUUUGGACAACCGAAAACAUCACUUGUUCAGCUAUUACAGUGUACUAUUCAAUUGAUGAAUUCAACUAGUUAUAUGAAUUCUACCAAUACUAAUGCUAUUCCUAGUCAAUUAUUACUUAUUCUAUCAGAUGGUGUCUUCUCAGAAGAUCCACAAAGUCCAUCACUACAAGCUGCUGUUCGAUUAGUACGUGAUUCUCACAUAUUCCCAGUUUGCCUUAUUCUAGAUGAUGUUCGAAAGAAGCAUUCUAUAUUUGAUCUUCGGCGAUAUUGUGGCCCCGGUAAACUACAACCUUAUAUGGACGUAUUCCCAUUACCAUAUUAUUUAGUGUUACGAGAUUUGGCUUGUCUACCGAAUCUACUUGCUGAUGCCUUAAGACAAUGGUUUGAGUUGGAAUCAUCAAUUGGACGCUAA